UUGUGGUGGCGAUCCGUGUUGACGUUUGUGGGAAGCUUUAAUAUUUAUAAUAAUUAAACCAAAUCAUAUCAGAAUUUCCUAUUUUAACAACGGAUAUUGUAGAUUUAAUUUUAUAUAGGCAAUUAGUGCUCAACAAUAUAUAAAUAAAAGUGGCAAAUGUUUUACAAUCAAGAUGUAUUUUCCAAUUGGCUGGCCCAAAGUUCUGAAAAAUCUGGGUGCAGAUAAUCAAAUUAUAAGACAGAUCGUAUCAAAUCGAGACAAAAUAUUGUUUGCUUCAUUGAGUGAUGACAGUUUUGCUGUAUGGUUUUGCAAGCCCACCGUUCCAAUUGUAUAUCACAAGAGGAGUACAGAAUCUCUUCAGAGACUAGGCGUCAAUGUUGGAGUGGAAUGGAAGCCAGACUCGUCCAUGAUAUGUAUUUCUACAUCGGAAGGCCACCUAAUUCUCUACAAUGUAGAAGCCCACAGCGAGCACACAGCAUACCAGCAGUAUGACCCGCCCACCGCCAGCCUACGCAGGGACUCGGCUGAGUUGUUUGUCAAGGAAGUCAUUCCCUCACUUAAGAUCACACAGUUCAAAGAGGUUUUAGUAUGGGACGGUCAGAUCACGCGCAUGUGCUGCAUAUCGGGCACGGAGAUCCUGGUGUGCACGACGCGCGCGCACCUGCUGCGCUACCGCUGGGACGGGACGCAGAACCGCGACUACUGCCUCGACCUCGGCAGGAUACCCUUCUCGAUAAACCAACAGGUUUCUAAAGCCGAGCCGAUUCUAGAGGAUAAUACUCACGUCAAUGACAUUGAGUACUCGCCAUUGGUGUGCGGCUUCGGCAUCACACUGAACGACGGACGGGCGGCCUACCUCACUGCACCCAACCUGAAAUUUGAUCCGAACGCAGUGCAAGGCAUAUGGGCGCCCGGUAUCGACGACGCGACCUGUGCGCGAGUUAAUCACAAGUUUAGGUUAAUUGCUAUUGGCAGGAAAAAUUCACAAGUGGAUGUGUUCACGAUAGACGAAGCUACCGGUGGCUUGGAACUGUCACAUACAAUGGUUCUCAGCUCCAAAGACUUCCCCGGUGAUCCGGGACCUGUUAAAUGUGUGAGAUGGACGGCGGACGGUCGCGCGGUGGCGGUGAGCUGGGAGCGCGGCGGCGUGUCGGCCUGGAGCACGUUCGGCGCGCUGCUGCUGUGCUCGCUGGCCUGGGACUACGGCCUCAGCCAGGACCGCGCCAGCCACAACCCGCUCGUUGUGUCCAGUCUGGAAUGGGCCACAGAAGGAUACCAAUUAUGGAUGGUGAAAGUAGAAGGAGAUUCUAGUACGAAUAUAAUUCAAUUGGACUUUGUCAAAAGUCCACUUAGUGUAAACCCUUGCAUGAGCAACCAGAGGCACCUAUAUCUUCAGGCCGACGACAAACUCUACGUCAAUCUAGAAGAUAACUUAACGAAACGAACUAAGAUAUCCAUCAUAGACUCAUCAGCUGACGUCUACCAGUCAGAGAACGGUCUGACCGACCAGCCUAACUUGGAAUACGAGAGCAGUACUAAAUACAGGGAGUUUGUUGAUGAUAACGAGUGCAGGAAACAAUGGAUCGUGUUGCCGUUACCAGCUACUUAUAUUGCGACGAAUUGGCCUUUAAGGUACAGCGCCAUCGACGAGUCGGGCAUGAACGUGUGCGUGGCGGGGCGCGCGGGGCUGGCGCUGUACUCGUGCGCGGCGCGGCGCUGGAAGCUGUUCGGCAACGAGGCGCAGGAGAAGGACUUCGUGGUGGCCGGCGGCAUGCUGUGGUGGCGCCACUGUGUGGUCGUGGGUUGCUACAGCAUCCUAGACGGUCACGACGAGAUCCGCUUCUAUCCCCGAGAGGCGAAGCUCGACAACAAGUUCGCGAAGAUAGUCCGCGUGCAGUCGCAGGUGUUCGUGCUGGACAUCUUGGACGACCAGCUGGUCGUGUUCGGGGCCGACGCGCUCGUCACCAUAUACGAGCUGAACUGCAAUGACGACACGGGCGACAUCUCGCUGCGCUGCGUGCAGGCGGUGGACGUGUCGGCGCUGUCGCACCCCGCGUGCGUGGUGUCGGCGUCGCUGUGCCGCCUGCAGGAGCCGCCGCGCGCGCGCGCCGCCGCCGCCACGCUGCAGCUGCAGCAGCGCCAGCCCGACUCGCUGGUGAUUAACGCAAGCGGUAAACUGAUGAUGGUACAAAGAGAAGAGUAUGACGUCGACGAAGACAACAACCCGGCAUACAGCUGUCUCCCAGCCACGGUCCUCGCGUCGUGCGUGGAGAGCGUCUGGUCUUGCGGCAGCGUGUCCGGCUCACAGACGCAGCUCUCGCGCGCCCUCUGGCUGUGGUGUGGGGCGCUCGGCGCGCGGGUCUGGCUCCCGCUGCUGCCGCGCGACGCUACCAGGCAUCCAGACUCGGGGAGACAUACGUUCAUGGCGAAACGGAUUAUGUUGCCGUUCCAUCUUAAUAUUUAUCCGUUAACGAUAUUAUUUGACGAUGCCAUUCUGCUGGGCGCUGAGAACGACACAACUCUCUACGCGUCAGAUUCUAAUUCUGUCUUCUCAUUGCCGUUCUGUGUCGUUAAUAGAACUAGUCAAGUAUACCUCCACCAAAUCCUACGGCAGUUACUCCGUCGUAACUUGGGCUACCACGCGUGGGAGAUCGCUCGGUCGUGCUCGCAGCUCGCGUACUUCCCGCACUCCUUGGAACUGCUGCUACAUGAGGUGCUGGAGGAGGAGGCGACUAGCAAGGAGCCCAUACCUGAUGCCCAGCUCCCGUCGAUCAUCGAGUUCGUGCACGAGUUCCCCGUGUAUUUACAGACUGUAGUACAGUGCGCAAGGAAGACGGAGAUAGCGCUAUGGGCGUACUUGUUCUCGGCGGCGGGUAAACCAAAGGAGUUAUUCCAAGAAUGUUUACAACGGAAGAUGUUGGAUACUGCGGCGUCGUACCUUAUUAUAUUACAGAACUUGGAGAGCUCGACGGUGAGCCGGCAGCUAGCGACGCAACUCCUGGAUACGGCGCUGCAGCAGGAGCGCUGGGACCUGGCCAGAGACCUCGUCAGGUUUCUCAGGGCUAUAGAUCCUAAUGACGUCGAUUCACCAAGAAAUUCAGUGAAUGUCCAAGCAAAGUACGGUCAAGUGGUACAGUCGCAGACAGUCAGCCCCAACGCAGAGGAUUUGUCAGUAAUUCUUGGCACGAUGCAGCUAGCAGGCGGGCGCGGGCGCAGCUUCAGCACGACGGUGUCGCCGCGCGAGCCGUCCCCGCCCGCGGGCGCGCCCGCGCCCCCCGCGCCCCCGCCGCACGCGCCCCCCGCGCGCGCCACCGCCGCCGUCAAGCGGAAGAAGUCCGUGCCCGCCCGGGCCGACAGGGACUCGUACAGCGGCACGGCGGAGGAGUUCUUCAUAGACAUGAUGAUCCAGCGUCACGCCCGCCUGCUGCUGUCCACGGCCCGCCUGCACGCGCUGGGCAAGAUGGCGGCCUCGCUGGACCUGCACCUGGUGGCCUGGCUGGCGGGCGAGCGGGAGCGGGCCGCCAGGGUUGACAACGCUGUGCUCUGCGUCAAGAGGAUACACGAGGACUUCGCCUGGCCCUAUCCUGUUGUCAACGAUGCGGAACAGUAUCUGCAGAGGAAAGGAAGCACUGUUACAAGUUCGUACACGCCGUCUGCGGAGUCGGACAGCCUGUGCGGCGACAGCGGCUACAUGAGCCUGCCGCUGCGCGCCGCGCUGCCGCUCAUGUCCGGGGCCGUGCCCGUGUCGCCCGGGCCCGUCAGUUCAGCGGGCGAGGGCAGCGUGGCGGAGGGCGGCGGCGUGGCGUGGGGCGGCGAGGCGGGCGGCGCGGGCGAGGAGAGGAGGUACGCGGCCCUCAUGGAGCGGCUGCACCAUCACCAGGCCGAGCGCGGGGACCACACCGCGCACGUGCAGCUCAGGUACUACCUGCAGCUGAUGACGGAGGCCAGCUGCGUGGAGUGGGCGCUGGUGGUGGCGGUGGUGCUGCGCGACGCGCUGGCCGUGCUGCGCACCACCAACGCGGCGCGCGGCGCGGACGUCAGCCUGCCCGCCGUGCGCCGUCUGCGCCAGGCGCUGCAGGACAUCUGCGCCUGGACCGACGCCGACUGCCUCGGCUACAAGCCAUUUAUGAUGGCGAUCAGCAACCAAAUCCCAUUCUUAACAUCAAUCAUCAACUCUCGCGAACGACGCCUAUCCAUGUCUAAGACGCGAGUGCGGACUUCAAGUACUAGUUCACUAGGCCAGGAGCCAAAACCCAAGCCGCAGGCGACAGAGACGAAGUUACCAGCGCCGCAGAAGGCAGAGGUGGCCAAGCAGACGGGGAGGAAGGACUCGGGAGCGUCGGAACCUCCGCCGUCAGUGGUCACACAGCCACCGCGACCGCCGCCGCCGCGCAGGGAUGAGACCACCACUGGAUGCUCGCUCAUGUAAAAUUGUAUAUGACAGAUUGUGAAUACUUCUCAGCGAAAUUUAUUGGAUUUAUAGGUACAAUGUAUUAUCUAAAAGGUUAAAAGAUGUCUCGAAAUAUUGAGAAUGAAGUGUUGAAAAAAAAACUAGCCAUUAAAGAAUCAUAAUGCGUUUAUUGAGCAGCAGAAGUGUGUGUGUGGAUAGUUAAAUUUGAAGUGAAAAUAUGCGAAGAGAAAAAUUUCGCUGAAAAGUAUUUUUCUCAAACGCUACUUUUAUAAUGACGAGUACAGUUCAAUGGAAUUGUUUGUUAUAACUGUAGGCAUAAUGUUUGAGUAGUAACGGUCGGACUAGGUAUUAGUUAAAAUUAAGAAUAACAUUUUAAUAAUUUAAUAAAUUUCGUACUUUCUUAAACUAGAAUUUCCUGUAAGAUAGAUUUCACUUUCAUGUCUACACGUUUUCUAAAUGUCCUCGAUUGUUUUGUAAAUAAUUAGAUAAAAUUCAAUUAAUCUUUAUAAUGGUGAGUUUCAUGUUAAAUUUAUACGGAUGAAUUUUAUGAUAAUUUUGGUGCUGACUAUGUAUACAUCUCAAUAUUUCAUUUAUUUAUUUAAAUGAAUACAUUAUUUACUUGUCUAGUCUAUGUGUAAUGUUUAAUAAUUUAUUUCUAUCAUCUGUUAGCGAGUUGUAAGCUUGGAGUGGGAAAUAGACAUAUAAUAGUCACCUCGGACCGUAUUGGACGGGGUCAUAUUUUUAUACCGUUUUUAUGGAAACAGUGACAGCUUUUUACAACUAAGACAUAUAAAAUCCUAUUUCAUUUGCCUUACCCCUGAAACAUCCCACUGUCAAGGCCACAUACUCUAAUUAGAAUAAUUUUAUAUAUUUCAAUGAAUAUUAUUAUGUAAUUAUUAAUAAUGUACUUAUGAAUGAGUAAGUAGAAAAUACAAUGUAGUGAUUAAUUAAAUUAUCUCAUAAAUUAUUCUGGAAUUUUAGAUACGAUUGUCGUAGAUAUUGAUUGCGCACUUGUUUCUGGACGAUCUAGAAUAAGUUAAUUUGUUUACUAGUGUGUAGUGUAUGGUUGUAAGCAGUUAUUUAUAUUUAGGUAAUACUAGGUAGGAUUGUGUUACACCGAAUUCCUAAAUGCGAGGAAACAUUCAUUUGUUUAAAAGAUGCACGAUUAUAUUCGUGGAGUACUCGGAUCUUAUCGAUUAGGUAUAAAUGAUUAUAGUUUUGUGUAAUUGCUAUAAAUUAUAUUUUCUUAAAACAUCUUAUUUGAGCUACGGUAAACUCGUUAAAAUCCCUCGUUUUCCUAAAUAUGUCUCGCCUCUGGGAAUUUGGUUUUGAAACCAUCAAAUGGCGAACUUUUAGAAUGCUCCACUGCCAAAUAUACAGAGAAUUUAUGCGUUAAAGUUAUACAGGAUAAUGAAGUAGUGAAAUAAGACAAUCAAUGGUAAUCUGGUAGUGAGAAAAUGCUUUGCAUAAGUGUAAAGGAUUAAAAAUUUAAUUACAUAGGUUUUUGUGCAGUGUUUGACUUAUAUUUUAAUGCUUUGUUCUAGUAUCCAAUGUAUCAGGACUACUGGUUAUAUCAGUUGGCAACUCAAGUGACAAUAAAUAAUAUUUACUGGAUAACGAAAAACUAAAAAAAAUAUCAGAAAGUAUUUAAUUGGUCAUUACUAGACAAGCACAGAUAUAAGACCAGUCAGUCUCAAUUACUGACUGAGGAUUUGACCUUUAGUCGUUGAAAAUCCUUUGAGUUGUCAACAAAACAUAAUUGCCUAACCGACAGGAGAAUGAAAAUACUAAUCAGUUACAAAAACCAAACAUAAUCAAGUGUUCAAACGCGCUCGAUUCAUUUUAUAGCCAUUGGGAUAGGUAGUUUAAAUGGUAUAUGAAAACCUCUUUAAAGUAAACUCCUUACUAUUUAGUUUAGGUACAAUUUAAAACUUAACAUCGUUAACAGUGUGUGUUGUUCAUUUGUUUAAAUCGGAAUAGUAGCUACCCAUAUGAUUCCCUACAUUCAAUUUUUAUUUUUAAAUAAUAUCUAAAUGGUAACAUUUUCAGAAUUUGUACCUACCGUAGUAGUUUUAGAUACGAAUCUUUAAUAACUAUCAAUUCCAAUAUAAAAUCGAAAAAUAAAACCUUAAAUAUUAAUAGUACAAGUAAAGUUAGAAUAAAUACUUUUUCACUUAAAAAAUAAAAAAAGAACGUCCAUGAAGCAAUAACACCAUCAUUUUCAUAUAUCGUGAUGUAUUUUGCUCAUUUAAUUAAACUUAUCGUUUUAUUUUUUGCUCAAGUUAUAAUCUCAUAUUUUCAUUUAUCGUCGCAAAUAUAAUGUUGUUGAGUUCACUGAAGUUCAUUGUGCACUAAAAUGAUUCUUUAUUUAGUUUUGCUCGGGUAACUCUUUAAGUCUUGCAAUACAUUGACCUCCAUAGGUAGAAAUCUAUGGUAAAAACAAAAGGAAUAAUAAACUUUUUGGAAGUUAUCCUCACAUUUUGUCUCCGUCUUUUACAAAGCUGUACAUUGAUUUACCGAUUUAAUAAUUAAAGUAUAGCGAAGCUCGCCGUAGUCGCCCAGCUUUAAGCACUUUCCCGCCAUCUCGGUGCCAAUAAUUCUUUAUAAAUUAUAAUAUCCCAAACCAUGAUAUCAUAACUCCAUAAUUUAUUUAAUUUAAAAUGCCGA